ACUUGAUUGCCUCGAUCUCGACUAGAGUCAACCAGAAGAUAUAAAUAAGGAAAGGCAACGCACGCGCGUAUUAAUUGUUGGCUGUUCUAAACGGCCAGAAGUGCGCUUAACUAAUAAUUGCAACGAAUAUUACGCAUACGCAGAGUGGUCAAUGAACAGAGUGCUGGUUAAAAACGUGUUACAACAAAAAUGGAACAAAAUAGUGGUAUACGUGAAAACUAUGGCCAUAGACGUCAGCCAGCCUUGGGCAAGGCCAUGCCCGUUACAGCCCUUCUGUUAAAUCUAGAGGUCAAUCCCUUGGAUUAUAGUAGAAGUGAUGGAGGAUCGGAGGCUCUAGAAGAAGAUGAUAAGCCACCACAGUUGUUUAGCGUAACGGAUGAGCCACCCUCGCCCGAUGAAGAGGCCUUUAAGCCACCCAAUCACUAUUCGGAAGAUCAAAAACUGGCUGGCGACUCGCAGAGGAAUAUACCCUGCUCAAAUUGCCUGCGAAUGGCACCCGAUCCACUGACCGAUCGCAGCUCGGCCCUUAAUGAGAUGUGCCAGCGCCUGUGUGGUCCCGAAUGCAGACAACCUCAAGGCUUCACGCUCGAUGGAUUUCGGCAGGAUUUCCUUAGGCAAUACGAGAUCGCGGAAGCUGUUGCCAAGACCUCGGCCAUGACCUCCACCGUUCAGAUGAAACAGCGCCUGGCCGCACGCAAACUGGAAAUCGAAAAGGAAAUGGAUGACCAAAUGGGCGUGGCCGUCCCCCGUAUCGAUAUCAAUCUCGGCCAGAGUUCCGUUGAGCUUGAGUUUGAGCCGCCCCGCGAUCUGCUCUUGUAUCUGGUGAGAAUGGGCUCGUUCAAUUCGGCGCCCAAGAUCAACAACGUGGACUCGCAGGACGAUGGACUGGAGUUGCCCACGGGUUUGAGCACUUCGGCUCUCCUUCAGCAUGUCCAGCAGCUGCGGGGCGGUGGAAUCGAACAGCCCUCGUUGCUCACCCGCGGCUUUCUGAAACCGCUCCUGAUGGACGACGAUGUAGCGGACGGGCUGCGCUGCCUCCAGCUCAAUUCCGUAUCGAGAGGUAGGAUUGCAUCCUUGUCUUGUCCCUGGGACAUAUUCAAAUAUAUUUAUGCAGUUUGCAGUGCGCCAGUUGAGGGCGAAGCAUCGCAGAACAUUCGAUUGCUGCAGUGGAACAUUCUUUCGCAGACUCUCGGUCAGCACAACGAUGGAUUCGUGCGUUGUCCCGACGAGGCGCUAACCUGGGAGCAUCGCAAGUACCUGAUUGUCCAGGAGAUCCUGCAGAACCAGCCCGAUGUGAUUUGUCUGCAAGAAGUAGACCACUUCAAGUUCCUGCAGACAGUUUUGGGUAGCCAAAAUUAUGCGGGCAUCUUCUUUCCGAAACCGGAUUCGCCGUGCCUGUAUAUCGAGCAGAACAACGGACCCGACGGCUGCGCCAUAUUCUACAAGCGGGAUAAGCUGCAAUUGCAAGGAUACGACACCAGGAUCCUGGAGGUGUGGCGGGUCCAGAGCAACCAGGUGGCCAUCGCAGCACGGUUGCGAAUGCGCUCUAGCGGACGCGAGUUCUGUGUGGCAACAACACACUUGAAGGCCCGGCACGGUGCGCUUUUGGCCAAGUUGCGGAACGAACAGGGCCGGGAUCUCAUCCGGUUUGUGAAGCAGUUUGCGGGCGAAACUCCUCUGCUGCUGUGUGGCGAUUUUAACGCCGAGCCCGUAGAGCCCAUAUACGCCACGAUCCUGGGCUGCGAUCUUCUCCGACUGGGCAGUGCCUAUGCCGAUGUGAAGCUGGACCGCGAGGAGAUCCUGCAGCCCAGCGCGGAUUUGGGCGAGUUCGUGUCGGAGUCGAUGAAACGCGAGCCACCCUACACCACCUGGAAAAUACGCGAGGAGGGGGAAGAGUGUCACACCAUCGACUACGUAUUCUACACACCUGAUCGUCUCAAGAUCAAAAACUGUCUAGACUUUCCGGCCGGCGAACAAAUCGGCAAGAACCGCACUCCCAGCUUCCAAUAUCCAUCGGAUCAUUUUUCCCUGGUGUGCGACUUCGAACUGCUACCUUCAAUGGAAAACGGAAAGGAAAGCGAUGGAGAAAAUGGAACGGAAACGAAGGGUGUCAAACAUGGAUCUAUUCAAUAGGCGACUCCGGUUUCAGAACACACCAGAUGAGAAAGGAGAAGUUUCAAUUACAUUACAUCGAUUGUGAUAUUAGUUGUUAGAUACAUUUUAGCCUCAUACACGAGCGUUGCACUACAGGUUGCAGCUUUUACAAAUGGUAAUCCAAAAUUCACAAUAAAUAAAUUACAUAAUAUGGAAGAAAGUCAACCAAA